GCCCAGGAGGCAGCAUCCGGCAGCUCUCAGCUGACGCAGCCAGUGUCCGCCAGGCGAGCGACCGCGCCGCCUCGAUCUGCCAGCCGACCGCCGCAGCCGCCGCCGGCAACUCGGAGUGCUUCACAGGGACUGCUCAUCCCUGUACAAGAGACUCCGCGCUAAAGCAGCUGCCGACCGCUCAUUACAAGAACGACGACGCUCUGGGUGUCAUGAGGUCGAGCUGAGCCGCUGGCAGGUGGACGGGUUCCGCUACACUGCUACUGUGCUGACAGAUCGGCUGACAACCAUGUCGUCGCGCUCUAAGGAAAAGAUGGCGGCCGCGUUCCGGCGGCUGUUCCGGCCCAAGCUGGCGUCGUCAGGAGCGGGCGAGGCGGCCGGAGACGCUGCGUCCGGAAGCGGAUCCCCGGCCGUGGCGGGUGCCGCCGCCUCCAGCUCCUCCUCCGCAGCGGGGGCGGCCGCUGCUGGCGCCAGCGGCGGCGGCGGCAGCAACUCCAACUCUCCCGUGGCAGCCGCGAGGCGGCUCCUCAGCAGGCACGGCUACCACCACAGGGACGCGGUGACGCCGGCGGAAAGCGCCGAGGCCAGAGGCGGGGGCGGAGUGGCGGGGGCGGCGGCGCCGGUGCGGAAGUCGGCGCUGAGCCUGCUGCGGCCCAAGAAGAGCUCCGCCGCGGCUGCGGGGGCGGGCGCCGGAGCCGCCGCCGCGGGGCACUCGGCCGACAAGGGCGCCUGCGGCUCCCAGGCCGGCGCCAUCGCAGCCCACAAGACGGUGCGCGCGCGGCGGCUGAUGAAGGAGCUACGAGAGAUUCAGCGGCUGCAGGCGCAGCAGCGGCACGACCCGGUGUUCACGGUGGAGCUGGUCAACGACAACCUGUUCGAGUGGCACGUGCGGCUGUUCCGCGUGGACGCGGAGAGCGAGCUGGCGGGCGACAUGCGCGAGCUGGGCGUGCCUUGCAUCCUGCUGCACCUCGCCUUCCCCGACAACUUCCCGUUCGCGCCGCCCUUCAUGCGCGUCAUCUCGCCGCGCAUCGAGAAGGGCUUCGUCAUGGAGGGCGGCGCCAUCUGCAUGGAGCUGCUCACGCCGCGCGGCUGGGCGUCCGCCUACACCGUCGAAGCCGUCGUCAUGCAGUUCGCCGCCAGCAUAGUGAAGGGACAGGGGCGCAUCGCCAGGAAGCACAAGGGCAGCAAGGACUUCAGCCGGCGCUCGGCCGAGGAGUCGUUCCGCAGCCUGGUGAAGACGCACGACAAGUACGGCUGGGUGACGCCGCCGCUCGCCGACGGCUAG